UUUUGCUAGAUAUUCAGCAACAUUUUGGGGUUAAGGACAGCGGAGCUGGCUUGCUACAAACAGUUUUCAUCUGUAGCUUUAUGGUGGCAGCCCCAAUAUUUGGCUACCUUGGUGACCGUUUCAACAGGAAGAUUAUUCUUAGCUGUGGGAUCUUCUUCUGGUCAGCCAUUACCUUCUCCAGCUCCUUCAUCACUGAACAGUAUUUUUGGCUGUUUGUCCUCUCCCGAGGUUUGGUUGGCAUCGGCGAAGCUAGUUACUCUACCAUCGCUCCAACUAUUAUCGGAGAUCUCUUCACCAAAAACACUCGGACACUUAUGCUGUCAGUCUUUUAUUUUGCAAUCCCUCUGGGCAGUGGCUUAGGAUAUAUCACGGGAUCAAGUGUCAAGCAAGUAGCUGGAGAUUGGCACUGGGCGCUGCGGGUUUCUCCACUUCUAGGUAUGAUCACAGGGACACUUAUCUUAAUAUUUGUACCAGCUGCUAAAAGAGGCAAUGCCGAACAACUGGGGGCACAGCUGAAGGCCCGGACCUCCUGGCUGAGGGACAUGAAGGCCUUGAUAAGAAAUCGCAGCUAUGUGUUUUCAUCCCUGGCUACCUCUGCUGUUUCCUUUGCCACGGGAGCUUUAGGGAUGUGGUUCCCUGUUUAUCUGCAUCGGGCCCAAGUUGUUCAAAAAACAGCAGAAAUUUGCACUUCACAGCCCUGUGGGACUAAAGACAGCUUGAUCUUUGGAGCCAUCACCUGCUUCACUGGAUUUCUGGGCGUGAUCACUGGGGCUGGAGCUACCAAGUGGUGCCGGGUGAAAACACAGAGAGCGGAUCCUCUGGUUUGCGCUGUCGGGAUGCUGGGAUCAGCCAUCUUUACCUGCUUGAUUUUCGUUGCAGCCAAGAACAGCAUUGUAGGAGCCUAUGUCUGCAUUUUUAUUGGUGAGACUCUUUUGUUUUCAAACUGGGCCAUCACAGCUGACAUACUUAUGUAUGUGGUUAUUCCUACACGCCGAGCGACAGCCGUAGCUUUGCAGAGCUUCACCUCUCAUCUUUUGGGAGAUGCUGGAAGUCCCUACCUGGUUGGAUUUAUCUCCGAUGUGAUACGGCAGAGCACAAAGGAGUCUCCACUCUGGGAAUUCCUCAGUUUAGGCUAUGCGCUGAUGCUGUGCCCUUUUGUUGUGGUCCUCGGGGGGAUGUUUUUCCUGGCCACGGCCCUCUUCUUCCUAAGCGACAGAGCCAAAGCUGAGCAACAGGUAAACCAACUUAUGAUGCCUCCAACCUCAGUGAAAGUUUAAGAUGGCGCUGACAUCUCGGGCAAUGAAGGCAAUCUUUCGUAGCUGCCACUAAACCACAAAAUGAGCACCUGUGGAAGACCUCCCCCCCCCCCUUCAUCCCUCCCCCCUCCUCAUGCUUGGAGCCAGAGAAAAUCCAGACUCUCGGACACAAUGGAUUGGUGGCGUUUCAGCAAAAUGAAGGUGUCUGCUGGGCACACAAGAGGCCUUGUAGUCUGCAGAGGCAUGGAUGACCACUUGCUCCUAAAUCUGAAAGGGUGCUGAUUCUUUCAUCGUCCCAUCUCCAAAAAGAGACAUCUGGGGAACUGAAUAUACUUUGUUUCCAGCCAAGGAAGACACCCACUUCUGCUAACGGAGCAAGCAGCUAACACUACUUAACAAUCUUACUUUGGUCAUCAACCCUGUGUUCAGGUAGAGACAUUACACCAGCCUCCCCAAAAAGCAGGGCUUUUUCCUCCUGGUUAGAGUUCCCCAGAUACAUUUGCUGCUCUUUAAUUAAGUAGUAGGAUACCAUUUUUUCCCUGCAAGACACCAAAAAGAUUGGAUUAGCUGGAUAGGUUUUGGUUUUUUCCCCUUUUGCUUUACCUAAGAGUGUCAUUUGCACUAGCAGUUUACUGCUGGAGCUACCUCAGACCUAUCAAUUGUUGUUGGUUUUUUGGGUCCAGCAUGACUGGAGAUUUCUAAUUUUCCAAGGGGAAUGUCAGAUAUUUCCCCCCAGUCUCUUGGGAAAUGGAGAGAAAUGACAGCAAGCAUUUACUAUCAAUCUACCAAUGAAUCUCCAGGCCAAAAAAGAAAACGGCUCAACUGACCAUUUCCAGUGGCAAUAUCCUCCUCCCUCCCUUUUUUAAGAGAGAGAAUGGUUGUUUUUUUCUGUUUACAAGCUAGAGCGGAGAACGGCUUCAAAAUUCCAUCCUGAAUUUUGCAUAGACGUGGAAGUGAGGUGGUUGAUAGGCAGUUCACCCUUUUGGCUUUGAGAAAGGACCCGUGGCUGUGAAGCCCCAUUAAUCCCAACCAGUCCUCUGUGUAUCUCAUCUCUGCUCCACCAGAUCUCCAGGAAACUGACAGCCUUCCAGAUGUCGAAAAAGUAGAGACGGAGCAGAAAUUAGUUCCAUCUGAAAUGGAUCUUGGCUACAAGUUAGUUUCAAACAGCAGAUUUUAAUAGAUUUGUCUCUCAUACACGUGCCGUGCACGCAUACAGAGUUUUCAUUAACUCAUGUUCAGCAUGGAUAGUUCACCGAGGAACUGUUUCCUCUCCUUCCCCUGUAGAGUUAUCUAGAUUUGCAUGGCAGCAUCAUUCAAUUCAGUUGCUCUCAUUCUGAAGCUAAAACGUUGCAGGAUCAGCGUCUGGAAUCCUUCAGCUCAGGGGUCUCCAACCUUAGCAACUUUAAGCCUGGGGGAUUUCAACUCCCAGAAUUCUGGAAGUUGAAGUCCUCCAGGCUUAAAGUUGCCAAGGUUGGAGACCCCUGCUCCAGCUCCUUCUAAACUUCACCGGCCCUGAUAUGAUCUGCCAAAAUUGUUCCUGGCUCUCUUUUUAGGAUCCAAUUUAGCAUGUAGCUUCGUUCCAAAUCAUUGUAGUAGGGGAUCUAAACGGCUCUAAAGCAAGCAGACUAACCGAGCGCUGGAUCCAACAAUGCCAGCGAGAGACCCCCACAGCCAAGGAAGAGAGUCAACUCCAACAAAUAUGGCCAGUCCUUCUGAAACGCCAAGAUCGCUCACCAGAAUCCAAUUUUAGCAGAAAAGAGCGUUUUGUUAUGGUCCUCGGCUGGCCCAAUGGCAGGUGCCACCUCGAAGGAACCCCAACAUGGUAAAACUAGGGCAAAAUAUUUGACGUGAGAUGCUAAACCAGGCUUUGAUAAAAUGAAAACCAGUGAACGGGGCUUGGAGGUUAUACCAAAGUAGAAGAAAAUGAUCUUUCUUGAGCAGACAUCCAUAAAUAUUGAAAAAGGCCUCGGUUUUCUAUUGCCUAUGAAUCUCAGUCAUGAAUGGAAGUCAUCCAAGUCCUCGGCCCAGCUCUCCUCCUUAAAUGAGACUAAUUCGUUUUCAAAGACCCCAGCAAGACGGGAAGUGACUCCACUUCCAACUCCCCCUUUCCCUCUUCCAGCCAGGCCUGACUUGGAGGAAUUGGCAUUUUUGUUCUCAGACUUUUCACCAAAAGAGACGUUUUAAUGAUCACUUUGACAAGUGGAAAGCACGGAAGCGUGAUACUAAUGUUUUUCUUGUUAUACAAGGCAGGACUCAAAUUGUUUUUUCUGAUUUUCUUUCAGAAGCAAAAUCGAACAAAUGGGUAUUUUAUUUUUUAAAGGACCAUGAAAUUGAUUAUGGAUCUCAGAGUAUAAAAAUAAAGCAGUCAAAAUAUAUAUAUAUAAAUGAAUAUAUAUAUAUAUAUAUAUAUAUGUAUACGCAUACAUAAUGUAAAUUAAGAAAUAAAACGUAUUUAA